GUUUGUGUAUCUAUAUAUUUUCUCAAGAGAGAAACAAUAUUCCCAGAACUUUCGGGUUGCGUGUCUUCGUUAUUUAUAAAUUGUUUUUCAACUUUACUCACAGGAGACAUUGAUUUUCAUAGUCCUUUUUUUUCUGUGUAUUGAUACUUUGAGAGAAAUUCGAAUGCUCUGUUUUGUUUUCUCCGGAAAGUUAUAUAAGAUCAGAGGAAGAUGAGAGGCGGCGCGAGUGGAAACAACGUUUUGGAGACUAUAAACGCAGCCGCUACUGCGUUCGCUUCCUCUGAUGAUCGUGUUCAUCACCAACCUUCCCCGAUUCAUCAGAAGAAGCGAAGAUGGUGGAAUCGUUUCAUAUGUUUCAGACCUUCAACACAGAGAAGAAAACGAAUCGGGAAAGCUGCUCUUGCUCCUGAACCGGUUCCUACCGAUUCCACAUCCAAUUCCGGUUAUCGUUCGGUUAUGACGGCUCUUCCUUUCAUAGCCCCACCUUCCUCUCCAGCUUCCUUCUUCCAAUCAGAACCUCCUUCCGCUACACAGUCACCUGUAGGGAUCCUCUCCUUUAGUCCUCUACCUUCUAACAGCCACAACAACAACAACAACAGCGAAGAACGUCCUUCGAUCUUCGCCAUCGGACCUUACGCUCACGAACCUCAGCUGGUUUCUCCUCCGGUUUUCUCUACUUACACAACCGAACCGUCUUCAGCUCCGGUCACGCCGCCUCUCGACGAGUCUUUCUACUUAACCACCACCACACCGUCUUCGCCUGAAGUCCCUUUCGCUCAGCUCUUUAACUCCAGCAGUAACUACGGUGUCAGGUCUCCGGUGUCUAACUACGAGUUUCAGUUUUACCAACUUCCUCCCGGUAGUCCACUCGCUCAGCUUAUCUCCCCCAGCUCGGUUAUGUCCGGUUCUGGUGCGACUUCUCCGUUUCCUGACGGACUCGCUCAGUUUCAAGUCUCUGAUCCACCAAAGCUGCUGAGCCCUGGUAAACUGCGUUGCUCCAAGUCUGUUACAACUCCUAAAGAGCAGAACAAGAUUGUGAGACCGAACAAACCGGUUUCGUUCGAUCUUGAUGCGGAUCAUUUCAUUAGAUGCGUUGAUAAGAAGCUGAGAACAACGUUCCCUGAAGCGUCUGAUCAAGAAGCAGCUCAACAUUCCUCCUCCGGAUCCAAUAAAGAAUUCGAUUUCGGCACCACCGAUGAGAUACAUUUGACCGGUGAUGAUGAGCAUAGAGAUUCGACCAAGAACAGCAGCGAUUGGUCCUUCCCUGUGAUGCAAUCAGGCACACUUAGCUAACUUUCAAGGCUUCUCCUUAAGAUCUAGUAGUUAUAUAGAAUCUGAAUUUAGAAUCCCAAAUUAUGUUCAGGAUCUUAGAGAUAGUUUAUUGUCUCUCUUUAUUGGUUUUGUAAUAAAUAUUUGACGUUGUCAGUUGUUGUA